AUGGAUAUUAGAAUACCCCAACCACAGAGGUACUCAAACAUUAUCUCUUCUCCAAAAGGUCACAAUUUCACCCCUCAAGGUCAAGGUUAUUCUCCUAGUCAAGGACACGGUUACUCUCCAGGUCAGAGUUACAUUCAUGCAGGGCCUCAAGGGUUCUCUCCAGGUCAAGGACAGUGUCUAGCAAACAUUGACGCCCAUUGGCCCUCCUUGCCUAGGUCUCCUAAUGCUAAAGGAAACAAUCCAGGUGCUACAGUUAAGCCACUCAUGCAUAUGGACCCGGCCAUAGUUCAACACAGCGGUGGUCCCCAGUAUAUUCGAUCCACGUCAGAUAGUAACAGCAAACACUCCAACCCUGCAGUGAAAGCAUUAUUCACAAACCAACACUCGGAUCCAUCACUGGCUCGGGUCACAGCAGCUAGCCCCACACAGUCAAUCAAUCAAAGUUUUUCAUAUGCUAAUUCACCUCCUAAUCCCCAGCAGAUUGCCAGUCCCCUGCAGCAGACCCCACCAAACACAUGGCACGCCAGACAGUGGACCACCACACACCCUACCAUCAGACCUGACCAACUGCAGGUAUCACAAAGCCAACCCAAUACAAACACUCAUCAGAUGCUCACCAAUAGUCAGGCUGUAUAUACCCAUCAUCAUGCCCUAUAUACCCAAGGCCAAGCCCUACACACCCAAGGUCAAGGCCUACUACAAACGCAAGGCCAAACACCACCUACACAAUGUCAGGGGAAACAUACACAGGGCAAGGCUAUUCCACAAGGCUAUAUGGUUGGUACAUCUCAAGGUCAUGGCAGUCAGCAGUUCUACAGUGCUUCAAAUCCACAACAAUAUUACAUAGCACCAGGCCAGGUUUCCCCUGGUUCACAUGCACCUCUUCCUAGACAAACCAGUCAGUAUAUAAAUGCGGUGUCAUCCUCCUCUGGAGUGUUCCAUAGUAACCCUCAACCCCCAGAUUUGAAGCCACAGACGCCAAGAAGUCGUGUAGUAGCUGUAGAUCUUCAGUACAUUGAGGCAACACAUCAACCACAAAAUGAUACUUGAAAUAUUGUACAGUACAUUGAGGCAAUACGUCAAGCACAAUGUAACAAUUGAGACAAUGUACAUUACAUUGAGGCAUUACAUCAAGCACAAUGUAACAUUUGAGACAAUGUACAGUACAUUGAGGCAAUACAUCAAGCACAAUGUAACACUUGAGACAAUGUACAGUACAUUGAGGGAAUACAUCAAGCACAAUGUAACACUUUGAAACAAUGUACAGUACAUUGAGGCAAU